AUGACAUGGAGGAGUCCUAUGGCUCUUAUCAGAGAUGCUCUGACAAGUCAGAGGGCACGGGAGAAGGACCUCCGCUACUUGGUGUCUAACCUGCCUAAUGAAGGCCUGGAGAAAGGGAAGCAACCCAACCACCACUUCCACGGUAACGCCAUCAAGACCACCAAAUACUCCCUCCUGUUUUUCAUCCCCAACAACCUCAUAGAGCAGUUUCACCGCCUGGCAAACAUCUACUUUGUAGGCCUGGCCAUUCUGAAUUUUGUCCCUGUGGUGAGUGCCUUCGAGCCUGAGGUGGCUUUGAUCCCUAUCUGUGUCGUCAUGUCUUUGACUGCACUGAAGGAUGCCUGGGAGGACUUCAGGAGGUUCCAGUUCGACAGGAAGGUCAAUAACACACCGUGCUUCAUCUACAGCAGGAAAGACAAGCAGUUUGUGGAGCAGCGCUGGAAGGAUGUACGAGUGGGAGAUUUUGUGAAAGUGUUUUGUAAUGAGAUUGUCUCUGCCGACCUCCUGCUCCUGCACACAUCAGACCUGAAUGGUGUUUGUCACUUAGAGACAGCCAACCUGGAUGGAGAGACCAAUCUGAAACAAAGGAGGGUCGUGUCUGGCCUCUGCAUCUCAGAUCCUCAAUUUGAACCUGAAAGCUUCAAAAGCACUGUGGUGUGUGAAAGGCCCAACAACAGUCUGAAUCACUUCAAGUGUUAUGUAGAGAAACCCAAUAAGGACAAGGUGGGCGCUGGAAUUGCGAGUCUGCUGCUGCGAGGCUGCACAGUCAGAAACACGGACUACGCUGUCGGCUUUGUGGUGUAUGCAGGCCAUGAAACCAAGUCCAUGCUCAACAAUAAUGGACCGAGAUACAAGCGCAGCAAACUAGAGCGGAAGCUGAACAGAGACGUCAUUUACUGCGUCAUUCUCCUCUUCAGCAUGUGUCUUGUUGGAGCACUAGGUCACUUCUUAUGGCUGAAGGCGCUGCCCAGCGUGCCCCCUUACCUGGUCCCCGACAGCAAUGGUCACCUGGACAGUCCCAGUCUGUCUGGCUUCUACAUGUUUUUCACCAUGAUCAUCCUGCUGCAGAUCCUGAUUCCAAUUUCCCUCUAUGUGUCCAUUGAGUUGGUGAAGAUCAGCCUGAUCUUCUUCAUCACCAAUGACAUCGAUCUGUACGAUGAGGAGACAGACAGCCGUAUGCAGUGUAAAGCCCUGAACAUCACAGAGGAUCUGGGCCAGAUUGAAUACAUCUUUUCAGACAAGACCGGCACCCUCACUGAGAACAAGAUGGUGUUUCGCCGGUGCUCCAUUGUAGGCACAGAGUACCCACACAAAGAGAACGCCAUCCGACUUGCUGUCAUUGAUGAGCCAGAUUCUGAGGAGGAGGUCAUCUUCAACCAGCAACCGCAACCCCUACAGAGAGGAUGGUCCCUGGAUUCUGAGCACUCCAACCCUGAGGACACACAACGUCACUGUGGCAGCCGACGCAAGAGCAAGGGCGCAGGAAAUGCCCGGAGCGAUGUGGCCUUCAGCAGUCCCCUGGAAACUGAGGUGAUUCCAGACAGGAAGCUGCUUCAGCAGAUUAGCAGGGCAGAGAGCAGCAUCAGCAGCCGGAAGAUGGAUCCAUACCUGGACUUUUUUCUGGCUCUCGCCAUUUGCAACACGGUGGUGGUUUCCAUGGCAACAGCUCAGAGACAGAGGGCGAGUGGGUUUCCACACUCCUCUCAGGCAAAUAAUCCACUGGAUUCUUUGUCCAGUCUGAUGAAGAAGGCUGGCUCUCUUCGCCACAUUCUCACCUCCUGGAAGCGAAAGCCAAAGAGGACCUGCACCUUAUCAGAGGACUCAGUUAUAGAGGAUGACCACUUUAACCUCCCUGUAAAAAUGAAGAGGGCUGAAGACCUCAACACCGACGGGGCUCAAACGUGUUCACUCCAUGUUCCACCCUGGUGUGACAAGCCUGCUGCGGCCUCAGAUAAGCUGUGCUAUGAGGCAGAGAGUCCAGACGAGGCAGCUUUGGUGUAUGCAGCCAAGGCAUAUGGCUUCACUCUGUUGGCCCGCACCCAUGACAGUGUGACGGUGAGGCUCCCGUCUGGGCAGGACCUGGUGUUUGAGGUGCUGGACACCUUGACUUUUGACUCCAACAGGAAGAGGAUGUCUGUUUUGGUAAGACACCCAAUCACCAAAGAAUAUGUGUUGUAUACUAAAGGUGCAGACUACGCUAUCAUGGAGCUACUGGGUACACCAUACGCAGAACAUCUCAGUGGGAAUCAGAAGAAUAUAGUGGCCGAUACUCAGCAUCACAUUGACUAUUAUGCCAAAGAUGGGCUGCGUACACUGUGCUUUACAAAGAAGGUUGUGAGUGACCAAGCUUAUGAAAGCUGGUCAGUGAACAGACAGCAAGCUCUAGCUGCUAUAGACAACAGAGAGGUGCUCAUCAUGGACACUGCUGUGCAGCUAGAAACAAACCUCACCCUGCUAGGGGCAACGGGUGUCGAGGACCGUCUGCAGGACAAUGUCCCAGACACCGUCGUGGCACUGAGGGAGGCAGGGAUCCAGGUGUGGGUGCUCACUGGUGACAAGCCGGAGACAGCUGUCAACAUCGGCUACGCCUGCAGGCUAUUGGAAGAGGAAGACCUGGUGAUUAACAUGAGUUGCAAAAACAAGCUUACAUGCACCUCCAUCCUGGACUGCACUCUGGAGGAGGUGAGGAGGCAUGCAAAUGAACCUCGUAAUGUGGCUACAACCCCAAACAUCUCCCUGGUGAUCGAUGGACAUACCCUGGCAAUGGCUCUGUCGUCAGACCUGCAGGACCGCUUUGUGGAACUGGCGAAGCACUGUCGCUCUGUGCUCUGCUGUCGAGUCACACCGUUACAAAAGAGCAGAGUAGUGAAGGUCAUCAGGGAGAAACUCAAGGUCAUGACGCUAGCUAUUGGUGAUGGUGCAAAUGAUGUCAACAUGAUCCAAGCAGCUGAUAUUGGCAUUGGGAUAUCUGGUCAGGAGGGGAUGCAGGCAGUCAUGGCAAGUGAUUUUGCCAUAUCUCACUUCAGACACCUUAAAAAACUCCUCCUGGUUCACGGACACUGGUGCUACACUCGUAUCGCCAACAUGAUCAUUUACUUCUUCUAUAAGAACGUGGCCUAUGUGAACCUGCUGUUCUGGUAUCAGUUCUUCUGCGGCUUCUCUGCCACUACCAUGAUUGACUAUUGGCUGUUGGUUUUCUUCAACCUCUUCUUUACGUCCUUACCACCUAUCAUGUUUGGGAUAAUGGACAAAGAUGUUUCUGCUGAGAUGCUGCUGGGUGUUCCUGAACUGUACAGGACUGGACAGGGUGAAGGGGAAUACAAGUUUUCAACUUUCUGGGUUUCCAUGCUUGAUGCCUUCUACCAGAGUCUUGUGUGCUUCUUUAUUCCAUACUUGACUUACCGGGAUUCAGACAUUGACAUUUUUACCUUUGGAACCCCUUUGAACACAAUUUCUUUAUUUACCAUCCUGCUGCAUCUGUCAAUAGAGAUCAAAGCCUGGACGGUGGUUCAUUGGGUAAUCAUGCUGGGCAGUGUGGUGCUGUUCUUCAUCAUGACGCUAGCCUACAACGCCAUGUGCGUUACCUGUAACCCCCCAUCCAACCCUUACUGGAUCCUCCACAACCAGAUGGCAGACCCCAUGUUCUACCUUGUCUGCAUUAUCAGUAUUGUGUUAGCUCUGCUGCCCAGGUACAUGUUUCACGUGCUUAGGAACUCUAUCGCCCCCUCUCCGCUCGUGCAAGCCAGGCAUCUGGACCGGCUGGACCCCUCGGAGAAGCAGCGGUGGAUCAAGGAGUGGAGGAGCUUCAGGGGCGGAGGGCAGGUCAAACGCCCUGAGCUGUCUACCCCACCCUCUCCCACCCUGGAGAUCCCUGUGGACUUUUAUCCCCAGUCUCCAGCUGCCUCUGAUAUCAUGGAAGAUGAAUUCACAUUGAAUGUAACCACAAACUAUCAGAGACCUGCGCACACAUGA